GAGGGAAUCCUUUGACAGCGACGCGUCUGGAAGUCAGUGCAUCUCUUCGUCAUGGCGUCUGUUUGGAAAUCUUUUGCUAACCCAUCGAUUCUGUCUGUGGUAUUUCUUGUGCUGCUAUGUCUGCCGUCCGGGGGAGGACAGAAGAAGAAGGAGAACCUGUUGUCCGAAAAAGUUGACCAGAUGAUGGAGUGGUCAUCUCGCCGUUCAGUUGUGCGGAUGAAUGGGGACAAGUUCCGUCGUUUUGUCAAGGCGCCGCCCAGGAACUACUCUGUCAUUGUCAUGUUCACUGCCCUCCAGCCUCAAAGACAGUGUUCUGUCUGCAGGCAGGCAAAUGAGGAAUACCAGGUCCUGGCAAAUUCUUGGCGUUACUCGUCAGCUUUUUCCAACAAGCUCUUCUUCACUGUGGUGGACUAUGAUGAGGGAGCGGAUGUUUUCCAACAGUUGAAUAUGAACAGUGCUCCAACCUUCAUGCAUUUCCCGGCUAAGGGAAAGCCAAAGAGGGCGGAUACGUUUGACCUGCAAAGGAUCGGUUUUGCUUCAGAGCAGCUAGCCAAGUGGAUUGCAGAUCGCACAGACGUCCAGAUUCGUGUCUUCCGUCCUCCUAAUUAUUCAGGAACGAUUGCUUUGGCUCUGUUAGUUUCCCUGGUUGGAGGUCUGUUAUAUCUCAGAAGGAACAACUUGGAAUUCAUAUACAACAAGACGGGAUGGGCCAUGGCUGCACUGUGUGUGGUUUUUGCGAUGACAUCUGGUCAAAUGUGGAAUCACAUCAGAGGUCCACCCUACGCCCACAAGAACCCCCAGAAUGGACAAGUGAGUUAUAUUCACGGCAGCAGUCAGGCUCAGUUUGUGGCCGAGUCGCAUAUCAUCCUUCUGCUGAAUGCUGCAAUUACCAUGGGGAUGGUUCUGCUGAAUGAGGCCGCCACCUCCAAAGGAGAUGUUGGCAAGAGGAGAAUCAUCUGCCUGGUUGGCCUUGGCCUGGUGGUGUUUUUCUUCAGCUUCCUGCUGUCCAUUUUCAGGUCUAAGUACCAUGGAUACCCCUACAGCUUUCUUAUUAAAUGAAGGAACACAGAAGAGGAGAUCAGAGGCAGAUGAAGAGGUGGCAGGGGAGAGGAGUCGAAGAUACUUGAAGAGCAGAAGGCAGUGUUACUAUUGAGUCUUUUUUUCUUCUUCUUCUUCUUCUUUUUAAUAAAUUCUGCUCUUUUUAAAAAAAUCAACUGGAAAUAUAUCUGCAAGCUGAAAAGUAAAUAAAUUAUUCCUUCCAACACUGGG